AUGAGAGCUUACCAUCCGCUCAACGACGUCGAUGGCGACGAGGAUAAGACUGUCGAGAUGACGGAAGGUUCGUCUGCUAUAUCUCGUGGUGUGCCCAGUAUCUGUGAAUCUAUUAGCCGAGAGAUUAACUACGCGUGGGCUGUGCUCUCGGGCUUCAAGACCUUGGCCAACGUGGGCAAUUUCUACUUCGCGUGUGGCAGUCAAGCCUUUGGAUAUAAUCCAGGCUUCGACUUCAUCGGUGCCAACGGCAUGCAACUCGCAGUCUUUGCAUUGCACAAAUUUGUUCACAAUGAGCACGUGCUAGUCCCAGUGCUUGACUGUAUCGACAUCUACUCGAAGUUGCAUGUGGAUGGUGCUCUGGAGUUCCUCGCAGCGGACGACGCCAUAGAGAUUUUGAUGAAAUGUGUGCGUUUCCAUGACAACAAACACAAUGUCAUUACUUCAGCCUGUCGAGCGCUCGGUAGUUUGGUGAUGAACGAUCUCGUGAAGGAAUCGGUGUCAUCGCCAGAUCUGGUACAGGAGCUGCUGGGGCUGAUAAGGCGAUACGACCACAGUCUGCAGAUUUGUCGAGCUGUACUGAUACCCCUGGGAUUUCUAGUCACAAACGCACCGAUCACUGCGACUUUCAUCGAUAACAACGGCAUCGCGCUCACGGUGGCAGCAAUGAAGCGAUACGUGAAAGACACAGAGCUCGUGUGGCAUGCGGUUGGAACACUAAACGGGCUCCACGAAAAAACUCUGGAUAUUCGGUGUAUCUACGGUAUCUUCAACUUCACGGGCAUUCCCCGUCUUGUUGAGGCUGUGGCGUCUCAUCUUGACACGGAGGAGGUCACGGUCGAAGGGUUCCAGCUCCUGUCUCGACUUGCGGCUCUCCCAGAAGCCUAUCGCACCAUCAACGAGUGUAAAGUAUUGGAUCUCGCUUACGUAGCUCUCUUCGCCUACUCAGGAGCAGCUCAUCGCCACACUCGUCUCGCUAUCAAGAGUACGCUACACAGUUUCCAGAAAUGUGCUUUAUUCGACCCUCGCGAGUUAGCUCGACGUGAACGAGCAAGUCGCACGGACAUCGCAUUGUACGCUUUGCUUUUGUUCUGCUUCAUGCUCAACUCAUCCUUCGCACUCUACGGUCAACACUCGAAUGAUCUCGUCUCUGCUAUAAGGCGUGCCAUCGUGGAUACACCCUGGAAUGGCGGAUUGCCACUUGAUACAACAACCAAGACACUACGCGACGUGAAUGCCAUUGCAGACGUCUGGAGUUUCUUACAGGGACCAGCACAGAAUGCACUUUUCCAAGAUACGUGGUACAAUGGGGACAGCUUCGCGGAUGAUGUGGAUUCCCAGAUUGGAAUUGUGGAUCGAACCAAUGUGCUUCUCGGUGGAGUGGAGCUACGACUUCUUCGAUGGUGUCACCCGUACUAUUCCAAAAGUGCAGAGCGCAGAUCCCCAGUCUCGCGCCUACCUUUCUUUGAAGACACUUGGAGCUCUUCUAGCAACGAGUAUGAAAGCUACCGCGGCACCCUUGCGACAUACCCGGGAAGUGGCUACCGGCGGUUCCUGCCACGACUUGGGGCAAAUGUUAUGACUGACUGUGACUCACGCUGUGAACUUGCCAAUCUUCGUCGUGGUCGAUGGCUGGACGAAUCGAGUCGCGCGUUGUUUGUGCGGUUCAAUCUGUACAAUGCACCGCUGGACUUGCACUGUGUGGUCCAAAUCUUGUUCGAGUUUGGCGUGGCAACUUCAGGAUCCGAUGAAGGAGGCGGCGGUGAAGUCGUGGCUUCUGCUAAAGUUACACCGCUCCACUUGAGUCAGUACUCUGGAUUCUUCGUGGUUCAUCCGCGGUUCCUUACGGAGUUGGGGAUUUUGCUGGGCGUCCUGUGGUUUGCCCACAAGCAACUGGAUAAACUGUGGCAGUACCGACUCUUCUACUUUGUGAUCCCCAGCCACGUCGCGGAUUUUUGUAUUGUCAUGCUGUGGACUGCGAUCCUCGUUUUUCGUCUGCAAUCGGUGGCUCAAGCAGCUUUUCCGAUGCUAAGGACGAUCGCUGAAACGUCCGAUAGCUCGUACGCGGAUCUUGGAGUGAGCGUGCACUACUUGCGAACAGAACGUCAUCUUACGGCAGCCUGUGCAGUGCUAAUGUGGUGGCGGAUUGUUCGUCUUGCAAAGAGUGUCAAGGCACUCGAGAGUACAGUUGAUAAACUGGAACGUGCACAAGCAUUAUUGCAGAGUUUCGCGGUGCUACUUGUAGUAUACGUGCUGGGAUUCGCACACGCGGGGGUACUUCUCUUUCCGUCUGCACGCUCGAGCUUUCGGAGCUACUCAGCUGGCAUCGCUACAAUGGCCACAUCUCUAGCGACGAGGUGGCACUCGAUGGCAAUGUUUGGUUGUGUAGACCACCAACUUUUCCGCUUGCUAUUCCAGUUCUCCACGUCCUUCGUCGUCCUGAAUAGUGUGGUGGCAAUUCUACGCGAGCGAUUUGACUCCUCUCGAGUGAGAGCGAGGGCUCCUGCAAUUGAUGGAUUAGCCAUGUUAGAGCUUGCCAAACACCGGCUCGAGUCGCAUGGCAUGCGAGUAGAAGAAACCUCGUUCGCCAAGCAACACGAGACAUUUUUACUGUAUCGGACGAAGCUGAAAAGCUGUCGGACUUGA